AACCUUAAACAUAUACUAAGAAUUGAUGAGACUUAUAUGAACUCCACAGGAAUUAUGCAGAGAUAGAUCUGCAUAAUAAGGGGCCCAGAAGAGGUUCCUUUUGUUCUCUUCUGCUAACUCUCUUUUUUCACUCUUUCUGCCUCUUCUUUGCACAUUUUGCUGUUUCAUUAUUUUGGUGUGAAAAUCAACUACAAACCUUGAAACCAUUGAUUCAUGUCCACCAUGAAAAGAAACCUCAAGGAUCAAGAACACUACCUCCACUCUUCAUGGACCAUAGCAAAACUAAUCACCUCCUUCUUCCUCUUGGUUUCCAUCUCCUACCUCUUUUACUCCCUCGGAUUCAUCACUCAUUCACACGAUUGUCCUCCAAAAAAGCCUUACCCUCUUUCCACAACCACACACGUUUCCAACAGCACCACCGCUCCUCCACAACCUCAGCACACAGCAAAACCCUCUGAGAAAACCAACAUUUCACACAUAGUGUUUGGCAUAGCAGCGUCUUCCAGGCUCUGGAGGCAAAGAAAAGAGUACAUAAAGCUAUGGUGGAGGCCAAACGAGACAAGGGGAAUAGUGUGGCUAGACCAAGAAGUGAAAAUUGAACCUGGUGAUGAGACCCUCUUACCAACAUUGAGAAUAUCGAGUGAUGUCUCAAAGUUGAAGGUGAAGAAUCCACGUGAGGAGCUGGGGGUUCGUAUAUCUCGAAUUGUGUCGGAGACAGUGAGGCUUGGGAUGGAGAAUGUGAGGUGGUUCGUGAUGGGAGAUGAUGACACUUUCUUUGUGACUGAGAAUUUGGUGAAGGUGUUGCAGAAGUAUGAUCACAAGCAGUUCUAUUACAUAGGGGCCAAUUCAGAGAGCCACUUGCAGAACAUUCAUUUUUCCUAUAACAUGGCUUAUGGGGGUGGAGGUUUUGCCAUAAGUUACCCUUUGGCUGUGGCAUUGGAGAGAAUGCAGGACCAGUGCCUCCAGAGAUACCCUGCAUUGUUCGGCUCAGAUGAUAGGAUCCAGGCUUGUAUGGCAGAGCUUGGUGUCCCUCUCACCAAGGAAAUUGGCUUUCACCAGUUUGAUGUAUAUGGCAGCGUGUUUGGGCUCUUAGCAGCACAUCCCGUUACAUCUUUAGUUUCGAUGCAUCACUUGGACGUGGUUGAGCCCAUAUUCCCGAACGUGAACCGUGUGGAGGCCCUACAGAAGCUUAUUGGGCCCAUGAGACUGGACUCGUAUGGGCUCAUGCAGCAAUCCAUAUGCUACGACAGAGCCCGGCACUGGACCGUUUCCGUUUCAUGGGGUUAUGCGGUUCAAAUAUUCCGGGGCAUUUUCUUGGCCCGGGACAUGGAGAUGCCGGGCAGAACCUUUCUGAAUUGGAUCCGGCGGGCGGAUUAUACCGGAUUUCCAUUCAACACGCGCCCUUUCAGCCGGAAUGCUUGCCUGAAACCUUUUGUUUUCUACUUGGAUAAUGCCAUCUACGAUGGGGUUGCUGAUGAGACUGUCAGUGACUAUGUUCGGGUCCAGCCCAACCCGGAUUGCAGGUGGAAAAUGCCAGAUCCGACCCAAAUCUCAAUGAUUAGGGUUUAUAAGAAACUCGAUUCGCAUUUGUGGGACAAGUCUCCGAGGAGAAAUUGUUGCAGGUUUCGACCAACAGAGGAGGAAGGAAGUAUGGUGAUUGAAGUGGGAGAAUGCAGAAAAGAUGAAUUUGCUAAUUAAUGGUUAAUAGGAUUAAGCUAAUAAUAUUCUUAAUCGUGUUCUUCAUUUUUCUUUUUUCUUAUCUGUGAUUUUCAAAUAAUUUUGAGAACUUCAUAGUGUGUAAA